AUGGGAUCGGUUCUUUUACAAUCGAAAUCGCUAUUCCUCUGGUUCUCAAUGCAAGCUUGUGGUGUUACGCAGCUUUUUUCAAAAGCUGGUUUGAGUGGAACACGGAGGUUGCAUCCUUUCUUGAGGGGGGACACCACGACAAUAUCUAUUAGCGGAUCAUAUCAUCCUCCAUCUGAUGAAGGAGAUAUUUCGGGAAAGGAGAUCACUUGGGGUUGUAUUAGAGAUCAAGAUGGUAAUCUCCAAUAUCCUACAAUGACAAGCAAACCAGUAGAUGGAGUAGAAUGGACGCGAGGGAUUCUGAACGAUCUUACGUUCCCCCAACCUACCGAUCACAACGGAUUUGAUGUUGGAGAAAUGGCAGUCUUAUUUUUGGACGCCGAUUGCCAUAUUCCGAUGGAGCGAAUCAUUCAAAAGGCUAUCAAUCAUGUGCUAAGUGUCAGAUUACCUUGUAGAGUCUUAUCUCGAGAGUCGGGUUCAGAUGAUGACUUGGAGCGGUAUAGACUCGUGACUUUGACGGGGACUUUGAAACAUAAGUACAGCAAUGAAAACUUAAGAACGUGGGACGAAUAUAUGGAUGGAGAGAAGUGCGGGAUGAAGUUUGGUAAUGAGGAAAGCUGGGAAACUUGA